CUCUCGAGAAUGUUUAUUUGAUGGUUUUGCGAAAGUGUUUCUGGCACGGUCACAGUGUGUCUCUUCGGCAACAUUUCCCGGUGCAUAAAACAACAAUGCUGUGGCACAGGCGCCACCUCAUCGGGAAGCCUCCGCCCUAUCUCCGAUGGUACGCCUUGUUCAAACACUUUUGGGGGGCAGUGGUAUUUCUACCUAAACUGACAAUCAUUACCUCAACAACCUUCCUUAAGAAGAAGCAGGCAUGGCGACGGGCCCGCCAGGCGAUGUUGGUGUACGAGCAGUCAAAACCUCAACACCGGUCUCCGUUACAAGUAGGGUGUGCUCUGCGAACUAGUUAGCUAUCGAAUCCUUUGUCAUCUGUUGGAAAAGCUUACCAAACUGGGCAGUCUUCUUGCCGUCAAUAGUAGUGCUGGUCCAGUUAUCGGGCCAAGUGAUAUCCCUAUACUUGCCCAGCGCGAUCAUGGGCUCAAUGGUGAAGGUCAUGCCGGGCUUGCACUCGCCAACAGCCUUGUUCUUGGCAUAAUGAGGAAUGUUGGGAGGGCAGUGGAAGAUACGGUUGAUGCCGUGGCCAACAUAAGUACGGAUAACGCUGCAGUCCUUGCUCUUGGCAUGGGCCUCGAUCGUGUUGCCAAAGUCGCGGAAGAGAGUGCCGGGCUUGACCAUCGCAAUCGCCUUGUCCAGACACUCGCGCGCAGCCUCGACGACCCGGACAGUAUCAGGAUCGGCCUUGGCGCGGUCGCCUAUGUAGUAGGUCUCGUUGAGAUCGCCGUGGAAGCCUUCGUGGUAGAGAGUGACAUCAAGGUUGACAAUAUCGCCAUCAAGAAGAACGCGCUUAUCGGGAAUGCCGUGGCAAAUAACCUCGUUGACUGAUGUGCACACAGACUUGGGGAAGUGGUUGUAGUUCAAGGGCGACGGAUAAGACUGCCUGCUUGUUAGUCAAGCCCGGAAUCUCCACAGAGAAAAGGUCAUACGUUGCGCUCAAUGCAGGCCUUGUGAACAAUCUCGUCAAUCUCAUCGGUGGUGAUGCCUGGCCUCAGGGCAGCAGCCGCGAUAUCCAAAACUUCUCUGGCCAGACGGCAGACCUUGCGCAUGCCAUCCUGCUCCUUGGCGUUGAGCUGCUCAAUCUUGUUCGCCCUAACGAGAGAUCGGCCAGCCUUGGGAAUACCAUCUUCGGCGUAAUCGGGGUGAGGUAUCGACUUGGGGACUUCGCGCUUGGGAGAAAGAGGAUAAACUGGUCGGAGGGGUCCAGAGAAGCGGAAGGUUGGGAAUGGGUUGUAGUAGCCGGUGUCUGGAUCGGGUUUAGAAACCACCUUGGGUACGAACAAAUUUCGGGGGUCAAAUAUACUGGUCUCUGUCUUGUGCAUGGACUUGUGUGUGGCCUGUUGAAAGAGAAAAAGGUCAGCACGUUGCGCUGUUGGAAAUAGCUUCAGCAUAGGCGGAGGGGGUAACUGCGCACCCAGUUCUUCUUGAAGCAGUCCUGCGAGCAGAAGAAGCUGUCCUUGAUACCCAAGCUCAAGCACUUGGGGCAUUGGAGGGAGCUGGCCUCAUUUUCGCAGUCGACACCGAGGCACUUCUUCUUCGUUGGGGGUUCUUCGGCCAUGGUGAUGGUAUCUUUUUUGCGGGGUCUUGCGAAGGAGGGGCAACCGAGAUUUGCGAUGAAGAGCGCUGAAAGAGUCGGGAUCGAUAGUUUGUUGCUUGUGUUGAUGCUGUCGAAUAUCCUACAGAAUUCAACAAAGCUGGCCCAGGUCAGGUCUGCGCUUCCAGUCACAACAAACAACAAUGGGGUGGACCAGGACCAGGCAAAGAAUUGUACUUUUCAGGGCGCACCCAGAACAGAGCUUGUGCAGGGCGCCGGGUUGACAGGGGUCCCGUCCAAAAUCGCGUGGACGGGCCUGGAUUCGUCGCCGCAAAAACGGCACUGUGGCGUCGGGUUGUGGCGGGGGUACCAGCCGGCAGCUUACAUAAGUCUUAAACGCCCGCGUAGGCCCGCCGAUGGUAGCCGGUGGAGUUGGCUCGGCAUCUGUCAGCCCACUUCUUCCAAUCAUCUCAACCCGAAUGAAACAACUGCUGGAAGAACUCGAGUGUUUUUUGAGAUAUUUUGUUGCGGGCUGAGUCUGGAAAAUGGUGAAGAAGCAGAAGAUUGUGGUGAUUGGGGCUGGGCCUGUCGGGUCACUGGCAGCUCUGUAUGCUGCUAGCCGUGGAAAUGACGUCGAAAUCUACGAACUGCGGGGAGACCUACGUGACCCGUCGACGACGCCACUAAACUUCACAAAGUCCAUCAACUUGGCCCUGUCAGAGCGUGGCUUGAAUGCUAUGCGCCACGCAGGCCAACCAAAGCUCAUCGACCACGUCAAAGCUGCCACCAUUCCCAUGAGAGGCCGCAUGAUUCACGGAAAGAAACCAAAUGGUCAACUUUAUGAGGAAGCCCAAGACUAUGAUAUCCAUGGAAGGGCAAUCCUCGCCAUUGACCGCGGUGGCCUCAACAAAAGACUGCUCGAUAUCCUCGAAGAAAUGCCCAACGUUACCUUCUUCUUCAAUCACAAGCUUACAGGAGCCGACUUCAACAAGAACAAGGCGUGGUUCGAGGUGAAAGAUGGGACUUCAUCAGGGGAGAAAGGGCAGCGAGCCCGGGAAAUUGAGAUCGAUUUCAACUUUAUGAUUGGUGCCGACGGCGCUCACUCGGCAGUCCGAUAUCACCUUAUGAAGUACACACGCAUGGACUAUGAGCAACAGUACAUCGACACGUUGUGGUGCGAGUUUCAGAUCCAGCCCAAGGAAAACCCAGAAGAUGAUAGCUUGAUGUCCAAGUUCCGGAUAUCGCCUAAUCAUCUGCACAUCUGGCCAGGGAAGAAGUUUAUGUUUAUCGCCAUUCCCAGCGACGACGGCACCUUCACCUGCACCCUCUUCGCCCCCGCCGAAUUCUACACUUUCCUCGAAUCCGACCCCUCGGGCGCCCACAUCCCUGACUUUUUCGACACCUACUUCCCCGGCGUCACCGACCUCAUCCCCCCCCGCCCAAUUGAUCUCCUCCUUUCACUCCAACCCCCACCUCCCCCUCAUCAGCAUCAAAUGCAAGCCCUACCACUACAGUUCCUCGGCCGUUAUCGCGACGCCGCUCACGCCAUGGUCCCCUUUUACGGUCAGGGCAUGAACGCCGGUCUGGAAGACGUCCGCAUUCUGUUCGACAUCCUAGACAAACACGCAAGAAUGGACGAAGAAACUGUUGAUCACGACCCAGCCUCGGCACGGGAAAGAGCAUUGGAUGAGUACUCCCGUGUUAGAGUGCAGGAUGCUCACGCGAUCAAUGAUUUGGCACUGCAGAAUUAUGUGGAGAUGAGAGCCUCGGUUUUGAGUUUGAGUUAUCGGUUUAGGAAGUGGCUGGAGGAGCAGCUGAACGUUUGGUUGCCUGGGUUGGGGUGGCAGACGAAGUAUUCGAGGGUGAGUUUUGGGAAUGAGAGGUAUAGUGAGGUUGUGAGGAAGAGUGAGCACCAGGGCAGGGUGCUGAUGAGGGCGUUGACGGGGCUGUUGUUUGGGGCUUUGGGGGGGCCGUUAGUGGCGGUGGGGGUGGUGAUGGCGGUUCGGUAUCGGAGGGCGGUGGAUGUGGGGUUGAGGGCGGCGAUGGGGAAUGUGGAUAGUAUGGUUGAGUAUAUGACUAUGAAUAGGUAG